CAAACACUCACACUGGAGCACCAGCGGAAAGAACGAACCGAGAUAAUCUUCGCUCGGAGCGAGAACCCAGUGUCAUUUUUCCAUCAGUCUGUCACCAAACUUGGAACCAAAAUAAAGACGCUCUGGUGGCCUCUUCUUAAGAAUAAGACCCAACCUAAACAGGAGUAUAUUGAAGCUACCAAUCCUAGCCAGUUAUGAAAACCCAGUGCCGUUAUGUCCGGGACAUCGAACUCUGAACGCUCCAACUCCGAAGACAGUCCAUCCAAUCCCUGCCUGACGGAGGUACUGCGGAACUGUGCAAACAUCCAAUCCCUGGAAAGUCUAAACUACGAGUACAACGACGUUUAUUUCAACGGUUCCAGUGAAGGCAAGAUGAUCUCACCGAAUCCUUACUCCUUCAGUGGCAACAUCUCCAUCGGCAGCUGUCCCAGCGAGGAUGUGUCCUUUACGGAGAGCAUUCUGGAGGACAACGGACGCAUUUCGCUGGCGUACGAGAACCUGAAGACCAUUCCCCGGCGACUGGCCGACAAGUUCGCGGCACAGACCAAGUUCCUCGAUCUAAGUCACAAUGAUUUCCAAAAUCUCAAGUUUCUCUCCUUCUUCGAGGACCUGGACACCUUGAUCCUGGACCGCAACACCAAUCUUGACCUAAACACGUUUCCAUAUUUGCCCAGCCUGAGGAUCUUGUGGAUCAACAACUGCGACAUAGCCAACGUAACCGACUGGAUACAUCGCAUCGAAAGGCAGUGCCCGGCUCUGGAGCAGCUCUCCUGCAUGGGCAAUCCUGGCAUACGAACGGUUUUUGGAAACCAGGGACCUCGUGAUUACAUCCUGGAAGUGCUGCCCCAGUUGAAGUAUCUGGAUGGGUUGCCCAUUUGUCAGAAUAGUGGGAACGGUGGUCUAACCACACUCUCCUCGUCCCAGGGUCACGGUCAGGACUCCACCAGCUACUCGGAGAAACCACUGUCGGCCCCCUCACUUGUGUUCAAGGACUUUUUCCGGUCGAAGCCGUCAAGAAAAGCGCACGGAGGUCGGACCUACGGCAAUGGCUCUUCGACGAAUUAAGAUUGGAAGAAGAUUUGGAUGGGAGGGGUAUUCUUUAGAUAGCAUUCUGUCCCAUUGUUGGACUAUUUUUAACCGUCCGCUGGAUUAUCAGCGCUGCCCUCGGAUGCCCUGCAGUCGUCGAUUGCACCUACAGUACGAUGCAAGUAAAUAUGUGACCGAUAAUCGUCAUGGACUGAAUGCGAGCACAUAUGCAAAUGUAUGCCGAUGGACAUGCACGAGCCUAGUGAGAAUUAAUCUAGUGCAUUCAAGCAAUUUUUACAAUAAAGCGAGUCAAUGGACUCUACGAAUAGUCGAGUAAACAGUAGGUAUACAAUAAUGAAAUUAAUGAGCUCAGUGACGUUAAUUGUCCGCUAAAUGGCACAGACAUAAGCUGGUAUUUUAAAUAAAUUAACAAAUAAACUAUGUAUUAAACGCACAAGACAUUGGAAACAAAAU